GAAUGCCCAAUAUCAAGAUAUUUUCUGGAUCUUCCCAUCCUGACCUUGGUCAAAAGAUCUGCGACAGGCUCGGUAUUUCCCAUGCUAAUGUCGUUGCAAAGAAGUUUGCUAACGGGGAAACAAAUGUUGAGAUUGGAGAGUCUGUUCGUGGAGAGGACGUGUACAUUGUACAGUCUGGGUGCGGAGAAGUGAAUGACAACCUGAUGGAGCUCCUUAUCAUGAUCAAUGCUUGUAAGAUUGCGUCUGCGGAGAGGAUCACGGCAGUAAUCCCUGUCUAUCCUUACUCCAGACAAGAUAAGAAAGACAAGUCUCGAGCUCCUAUAUCUGCUAAACUAGUUGCAAACAUGUUGAGUGUUGCCGGAGCUGAUCAUAUCAUUACAAUGGAUCUUCAUGCCUCACAAAUACAGGGUUUCUUUGAUAUCCCUGUAGACAACCUGUACGCUGAGCCUGCUGUGGUAAAGUGGAUCAGAGAGAAUAUCCCAACCUACAAGGAGGAGGCUAUUGUUGUCUCCCCCGACGCAGGAGGAGCCAAGAGAGUAACUUCAAUUGCUGAUCGACUCAAUAUUGACUUUGCCCUUAUCCACAAGGAAAGAAAGCGAGCUAACGAGGUUGCAAGCAUGGUUCUGGUCGGAGAUGCUAAGGGUAAGAUUGCAGUUCUUAUUGAUGAUAUGGCAGAUACUUGUGGAACUAUUGUUCAGGCAGCUCAGAAACUAGUUGAUGAUGGUGCGAAGAAGAUCUACGCUAUUCUCACUCACGGGAUAUUCUCGGGAGAAGCGAUUGACAGGAUCAACUCCAGUCACUUCGAGGCCAUCGUGGUGACCAACACCAUCCCACAGGAGCGGAACAUGAUGCUCUGCGACAAAAUCCAGGUGAUCGACGUGAGUAUGAUGUUUGCAGAAGCUGUCAGGAGAACACACAACGGAGAGAGUGUCAGUUAUCUAUUUGAGAAUGUUCCUUACUAAUCCCUUGAUCCAACACCUCGGAUACUUCCUGAUCAUUCUAUCCAACACCUCGGAUACUUCCUGAUACCUCUAUCCAACACCUAGGAUACUUCCUGAUCAUUCUAUCCAACACCUCGGAUACUUCCUGAUCAUUCUAUCCUACACCUAGGAUACUUCCUGAUCAUUCUAUCCCACACCUCGGAUAUUUCCUGAUCAUUCUAUCCAACACCUCGGAUACUUCCUGAUCAUUCUAUCCAACACCUGGAAUACUUCCUAAUCAUUCUAUCCAACACCUCGGAUACUUCCUGUUUUCUAUCUAACACCUGGGAUACUUCCUAAUCAUUCUAUAUAACACCUUGGAUACUUCCUGUUUUCUAUCUUACACCUCGGAUACUUCCUGAUCAUUAUAUCCAACACCUCGGAUACUUCAUGUUUUCUAUCCAACACUUUAGAUACUUCCUAAUCCCUCUAUCCAACACUUUAGAUACUUCCUAAUCCCUCUAUCCAACACUUUAG